UCCCAACCGCGUGCGAGUUUCAAUUAAUCCACGGAUCAAACAUCCAAUUUUGGCCAAGUUAACAGGGAAUGCAGCGACAGAAACCCAAGGGACCGGGCAAGCCGGGUCCGCGGUUCAAGCCGGGAACAGGCCAAGUAAAGGGCAAGAAGGAAGCCACAAAAGGCAGGGGAAAUGGCGGCAAUCAAGGCAACCAAAGGCAAAACGGCAACAACAGGCAGCUAAAGCGACCACGGGAGGACAUUAAGAAAUCGAAACUGGCCGCCACCGAUACUGAGAUCGGGGAACUGCGGGCCAAGUAUGCCGAGAUCGAUGCCGAGGCCAUCAAGAAGUUUGCACAGUUUCCGCUGUCGCGCAAGACGCUGAAGGCCCUGGCGGAGUCCAAGUUUGUGCAUCCCACGCAGGUGCAGCGCGAGAGCAUCGGUCCGGCACUGCUGGGCAAGGAUGUGCUCGGAGCGGCGGUCACUGGCAGCGGCAAAACCCUGGCCUUUCUCAUACCCGUCCUGGAGCACCUGUUCAUGAACAAGUGGUCGCGCACCGAUGGCGUCGGAGCGAUCAUCAUCUCACCCACACGGGAACUGGCCUACCAGAUUUUCGAGACGCUGAAGAAGGUUGGCAAGCACCAUGACUUCUCCGCCGGUCUCAUCAUUGGCGGCAAGAACCUAAAGUUUGAGCGCACGCGGAUGGAUCAGUGCAACAUUCUGAUCUGCACACCCGGCCGCCUGCUGCAGCACAUGGACGAGAAUCCGCUGUUCAACACAAGCACCAUGGAAAUGCUGGUCCUGGACGAGGCAGAUCGAUGCCUGGACAUGGGCUUUCAGAAGACCCUGAACUCAAUUAUCGAGAAUUUUCCGCCAGAGCGGCAGACGCUGCUGUUUUCGGCCACACAAACGAACACGGUCCAGGAUCUGGCCAGGCUUAAUCUCAAGGAGCCGGUCUAUGUGGGCUACGGAGGUGGAGUUGGAGGAGAAGGAGCAGCUGCUGCUUCCACAUCGAAGGCGGCUGUUCUGGCCGUUCCCGAGCUACUGCAACAGAGCUAUGUGGUGCUUAAUUUGGAGGACAAAAUCACCAUGCUGUGGUCGUUCAUCAAGAAUCAUCUGAAGCAAAAGAUCAUUGUGUUUGUGGCCAGCUGCAAGCAGGCCAAGUAUCUGUACGAGAUCUUCUGCAAGCUCCGCCCGGGCAGCCCCCUUCUUGCGCUAUACGGUACCCUGCACCAGGAUCGUCGCAUUGCCAUAUACGAGGACUUUUUGCGCAAGAGCCACGUUGUCAUGUUUUCCACGGACGUGGCAUCACGCGGCCUCGACUUUCCCGCCGUCAACUGGGUGGUGCAAUUGGAUUGUCCCGAGGAUGUCUCCCAGUACAUCCAUCGGGCGGGUCGUUCCGCACGCAACAAGACGCGUGGCGAGUGCCUUUUGGUCCUGACGCCCAGCGAGGAGGAGUACAUGAUCAGUGCCCUAAAGGAGCAACUGAAUUUGAACAUUCGCUGCGUACAGAUCGAUCCCAAGAAGCUCUUCUCGCCGCGCGUCAAGAUCGAGGCUUUUCUGGCCCAAUUCCCCGAGCUGAGGGCCACCGCCCAGCGUGCCUUCCUAUCGUACUUGAAGUCUGUGUUCCUGAUGCGCAACAAGCGUCUCUUCAAUGUGUUUAGCUUGGAUCUGGACGCGUUCGCUCAGUCACUGGGCUUGGCGGUGACGCCGCGAGUACCCUUUCUCGAGAAAUUCCUGUGGCGACAGAAGCAACUCCAGCAGCAGAAGGAGAAGGGUGAUGAAGUUCCUGAUUCCGCAGCUGCAGCUGCUGCUACUCCUGUUCUACCCAAGAUCAGCAAACAGCAGAGCUUCGGUGGGGCUAGCGAAAGCGAAGAUGAUUCGGAUGACGAGGACUUUAUCAAAGUCAAGCGAAAGGAUCACGAUGUCGAGGGAGAGCCAGUGGACCUGGAACUAGACGUUGCCGGUGGAGACCAGGACGAGUCGGAGGAGCCGCUGGUGGUCCCCAAGCGAGAGAAGCUGGUUACCAAGGCCUCCCUGGCCAAGAAGGCCUUGAAGAAGAACCUUCAGGUCAACUCCAAGCUCAAAUUCGAUGACGAGGGCGAAACAUUGGCCGAUGAACGCAGCCAGAUGAAGGCGCUGAGUGCCAGGCAGCGUUCCGGCGACAAGGACGACGAUGGCGGCAUUGAUCUGGUGCUGUCCAAGGCUCUGCUCACCGAGGAGGAUCAGUACGAUAAACAGAGAUUCCGGGAAUUGGUUAAAAAACGACAUAAGCUGCAGCGCGACAAGCUGCGGAAGAAGGCGGAGCAGGCCAAGGGCAGUGACGAAGAGGAGGAGGAGGAGGAGGAUGAGGCAGGCGCUGAUGACAGCGAGAGUGACCACUCCGUAGACCUCUCUUGGCUGCCAGAUCCCGACAAGGUGUACAAAACCAAGACCAGUCAAGAGCAAGAGCCAUCUGAAUCCGAGUCCGAUGCUGAAGCGUCCGUUAGGGACGAAAGCGAGGACGAGGACUCCCUUUCUGAGGAUGAACCCGCCUACAAAAGAUCCAAGCUAACGAAUAAGAUGACUCUGAUGGACACCGAGGCCAUAGCGGCCAGUCUUUUGGGUAGCUAACUUAAGGGACAACACGACUGUGUGAAUAAAUUAAUGCCAAUUACUGCUUAUUCAUAAUUUGUAAUUUAAUAAAAAUUGUUUUUAUUGAAAAAAAA